CCAUAGACUGCACUUCGCUCUCGAAAAGCGCAUUAUCAUAAUAAUUUACUUACUCACUUAGCGGGGCGUGGCACUUCAGAGCAUAAUCGUCGGCGCGCUCUUCUCCAUUCACUUCCUGCCUUCCUGCGUUCCUGCCCCAAAGGCAUGGAGAUAGCUUUCAAUUUGGAAGUAUAUUUAAAUAUUUUGGAACACAAUUGCUGCCGCACAAUACGAAGUUCGUAGGAGAACAAGCGGAUAUCAAAGAUGCCAAGUAAUUGGCCAUGUCCUGUGUUCCUGCUUGUUUUUAUACUACUUGCCCUAGUGGUUGGUGCCUACUACACCUACAUACAUCCCAAGCAGAUUCAUCUGGAGAGCUGUUACCUCAAUGGUGGCUCCUGCCUGGAGCUGUGGAACUGCGAGGAACGGUACCAAAGUCGCGUACUCACCACGUGCAUCAAUAAGCGAAAGAUCUGCUGCAUGCAAACGAUCCAAAUGAAAAAUCUACAGGAUGCCGAGGAUUUUGCCGAGUAAAGGAUGUAAUAGCGUUUGAAGGAACUACUAUUUAAAGUGCAAAUUAGGGAUUUCUUGUAUUAAAUGUACAUUUUCGUAGCCAAUUUUUAUAAUUGGAAUAAUUAUUUUAAAUUAUUAUUCCGGAACGGCUAUAACGAAAAUUUACAGUUAUGUUUUAGUAAAUUUUCAAAAUUUUUGUUCCAAUUUGAAUUACUUUUCGAUGUUUUUCAUUUUUUCAAAGUGAUUUUUAGGUACAUUCAUGUUUACCAUUAGCUUGUAAAAAUGUAAAUAUUUUUGAAAUAUUUUUUCCUCUAUUAAAAACUUUAGUUAGUAAUUAAUAUCUAUCUAAAGUUUACGUAAAUGAUCACUAUGUAACACUACAUUUAUAGUAAAACACUGAAAUAAAAUCCCAAUUAUU